AUGUCCACUGUUACCGCCGCGACACAGAGUAGUGCGAAUGUUAACGGGGAGACGAGUACGGCGCGCUUGUUGCUCAGUCAGCUCACGGACCACGAUGCACUGCAAAAGGCGCAGAGGGAGAAGUGGGACGCGUUUUUCAAGAAGAUUAGGGCUGAGAGGGCCGCGUUGCCUGAUGGACCGGGGGGUGAGCAGGGUGAGUUGGUAGGGAUUGCUGGCCUAGGCCUGGCUGGCAAAGAAGGAAAGGCGCGGUGGAAGGAGUUUAGGGGGUUGGUCAUGAGUGGUGUUCCGGUCGUCUACCGCUCCAAGAUCUGGGGUGAGUGUGCUGGAGUCCAUGCGUUGCGUCAUCCAGGGUAUUAUGAGGAGUUGUUGAAGGAUGGAGUUGAUGGGGAUGCGAUGGCGUGUAUGCAGAUCGAUAUGGACAUCUAUCGGACGAUGAUGAACAACGUCUAUUUUGGUGGGAAGGGACCGGGGGUUGUCAAGUUACGCCGUGUCUUGUUGGCGUUCUCGAGGCAUAAUUCGGUCGUUGGGUAUUGUCAGGGCAUGAACGUCAUUGCGGCGACGUUGUUGUUGACGCACGCAACAGAGGAGGAUGCGUUUUGGAUGUUGGUUGCGAUUGUAGAGAAUAUCCUGCCGGAGAAUUACUUCACGCCGGAUUUGUUGGCCAGUCGGGCGGAUCAAAGGGUGUUGAAGGGGUAUGUGAAGCAGUUGUGUGGGAGGGUGCAUAUUCAUCUCCGAAAGCUUGGGGUUGAUUUGGAGGCGAUGACGUUCAACUGGUUUUUGUCGGUGUUUGCGGAUUGUUUGUCGCCGGAGCUACUGUUCAGGAUUUGGGACGUGUUCUUCUUGGAGGGGAAUUCGUAUCUCUUCAGGGUGGCGAUUGCGCUGGUCAGGCUCAAUGAGAAGAACCUGCUACAAUGCCGGACGCCGGCUGCGGUGUACAGCUUCCUGAAAGACAUGACGACGCAUGUCGCGACGAGUCCGGAUGGGCUUGUGAAAAUGAGCUGUGAGGGCAUCGUGGUGAAGGAAGUCACGGCGAAGGAUGUGGAGAAGAGGAGGGCGGCGGAGAUUGAGGAGCUGAAGAGGGAGAUUGAGGAGUUGAGCAGGCUGAGUGAUUGA